UGCAGGAUUACAAAGACAUAAUAAUGACCAAAAAUGUUUGCCUGUCAUCGCGUAUCUGUUCUGGGAUAGAAUCGAAAGUGAUGAUGUUGAUGUGCAAAAACAUUACAUUUAUAAGAUCAUGAACAAUACUCAUGAUGGUAGUAACAUCCGUGUAGACACGUUAAACCAUACGUCAAUACUGACUCUAAUAGAAGGUGUCAAAAAUAAAGAAAACAUGUUAAAAUGGACCAAGAUCAUCCACGAUUUUCCCAAAGGGACGGAUGAUGUAAUUUCAGCAACGAGUUUGAUCAAUUCUCUAUCAGUCUAUCAAAGUGGACACACAAAUGCUGCAACAGAGUUGUUUCUUGUGGUAAAUGAUGAAACAAAAGUGGAUGAUGAAGAAACACUAAUUGAAGGAAUAAAGACAAUGAAAACAUUUAUUGUUUAUUAUGGGACGCAAAGUCCGUCUAAAUUGUGGUAUUGUCUUGCCACAGAUAAAAACCACUUUCUAAACCUCAACAAUGGACUUGAUGCUGACAUAGAGUCGUUUUUUCGCUUAUCAUGUCAAGACUCAAACCUGACGUGCAACAACUACAUGUACUGGACCGGAAAUGAAUGUAAAACAUGUACACACAUCUGCUCUAGACAACCGUCUGAAGAUCCGCCAUUUUGUUGUCAAUCUUGUCCGUAUUUUCGCCAAACCAAGGAUGAAAGCAAGUGUAACGUAAAAUCCUCGGCGAUGUCUUGCAUGAGUAAGGGCCAUUUUGCUAUUGUCGUCGGUAUUAUUGGUUAUAUAAAUAAAGUGGCAGCAGUUUGGAACAAGACAGUAGUAUAAAUCGAGAGACGUGCUGCUUUAAUACUUUUAUCUAAUAUAUGCAAAUGCUUUUCAGAACAUAAUAACUAUUUUGUGUAAAUAUUUGUGUCUUUUUUGUGUCACCUCUACGGAGUAGUGGCGACAUACAGGGAUCACUUCUCCUGUCUGUCCAUCUGUCCGUCGGUCAAAUAACUUGUCCGGACUACUCCUCAUAAACCACUGGCGCAAUUUUAUCCAAACUUGACAAGAAUUAUCAGAACCAAGUCUAGUUGUGCAUAUCGUCAGCAUUUUCCGGUUCAAUAAAUUUUGUCGGAGUUAUGGCCCUUUAAUCUUCUUUUAUUUUUUAAAGUGUGUCCGGACUACUCCUCUUAUACCAUUGAAACGUUACAGGAUUGAUUGGUAGAUCAAGUAUUUGCGCAUAUUACAUGGGUUUUUCGCUUGAAUGUUUUUUGGCUGAGUUAUUGCCAUUGAAUAAGAAAUG